AUGAAAGCUCUUAUUCUAGUUGGAGGAUUCGGAACUCGAUUGAGACCGCUUACAUUCAGCACGCCAAAACCCCUUGUUGAUUUUGGAAACAAGCCCAUGAUUUUACAUCAGAUUGAAGCACUAAAAGCUGCUGGAGUCACUGAAGUUGUAUUAGCUAUCAACCACCAACAACCAGAGGUCAUGUUGAAUUUUGUGAAAGAAUAUGAGAAGAAGCUUGAGAUGAAGAUUACCUUUUCCCAAGAAACCGAACCCCUCGGGACAGCAGGGCCUCUUGCUUUGGCUCGUGAUAAGCUUGUCGAUGAAUCAGGAAAACCCUUCUUUGUGCUAAACAGCGAUGUUAUCUGUGAAUAUCCACUGCUCGAGAUGAUCGAAUUUCACAAGAAUCAUGGUGCUGAAGCUUCAAUCAUGGUGACUAAGGUAGAUGAUCCUUCUAAGUAUGGUGUUGUGGUCAUGGAGGAGGAAGCUACAGAAGAAGCAAGAGUUGAAAGUUUUGUCGAGAAACCCAAACAUUUUGUAGGGGACAAGAUUAAUGCUGGUAUAUACCUCUUGAACCCAUCUGUGCUGGACAGGAUUGAGCUUAAACGGACUUCGGUAGAGAAAGAGAUAUUCCCUAAGAUUGCUUCGGAGAAGAAUCUUUACGCCAUGGUACUUCCCGGUUUUUGGAUGGACAUUGGUCAGCCAAAAGAUUACUUGACAGGGCAAAGAAUGUAUCUCGACUAUCUACGAAAGAAAGUGCCAGAGGAACUUUUAGUUUCAGGGGAUCACAUAAUCGGGAACGUUAUGGCGGAUGAGACCGCGGUUAUAGGAGAACGAUGCGUGAUAGGACCUGAUGUGGUGAUUGGUCCAGGAUGUGUGAUUGAAUCAGGUGUGAGAUUGUUUGGUUGCACUGUGAUGAGAGGUGCUCGGAUCAAGGAACAUGCUUGUGUAUCUGAUAGUAUCGUAGGAUGGGAUUCGACCGUUGGAAGUUGGGCUCGUGUAGCUAACAUAACGGUUCUUGGCAAGGAUGCUAAUGUCGUCGAUGCAGAGGUUUAUAGCAAUGGGGUUGUGAUCCAAGACCACAUGUCUAAAACCAGAGGUCGAUCGAUAGUCAUAUGA